AUGGUCACGGACGAGGUGAUGGGAGCCAGGCACCGCAGGGGCUGUUUUUGCCACGGGCCAGUAUUUGCCCUCUGCGAGGUUGGAAAGCAGCAUCUCCUGGGGCUGGUCUGUCGCUGCCAGCUGCAGCCCUUCCAGGCAUCCAGAGCAGGGCACAGCUCUGACUGUGCCCGUUUCCCUCAGGAAUCACUCUUCGCCUCCCAGGAGAAGUUUUUCCAGGAUUUGUUUGACAGCGAACUGGCCUCGCAGGCCACAGCGGAGUUUGAGAAAGCCAUGAAGGAGCUGGCUGAGGAGGAGCCGCACUUGGUGGAGCAGUUUCAGAAGCUGUCAGAGGCAGCAGGCAGAGUCGGGAGUGACACGGCAUCCCAACAGGAGUUCACGUCCUGCCUCAAGGAGACGCUCAGCGGCUUGGCCAAGAACGCCAACGACCUGCAGAACUCCACUGUGUCGGAGGAAGAGCUGGCGAAAGCCAUAGAGGGGCUGGGCCUGGAGGAGGGCGACGGUGAAGGCAACAUCCUGCCCAUCAUGCAGAACAUCAUGCAAAACCUGCUGUCCAAAGAAGUGCUCUACCCCUCUCUCAAGGAGAUUACAGAGAAGUACCCCGAGUGGCUGCGGCUCCACCGCGACUCUUUGCCUGAGGAGCAGUAUGAGAAAUACCAGGAGCAGCACAACAUCAUGGGCAAAAUCUGCCAGCAGUUCGAGGCCGAGCGGCCAACAGAUGGUGACGCUGAGCAGAAAGCGCGCUUUGAGAUGGUCUUGGACCUCAUGCAACAGCUGCAGGACCUGGGGCAUCCUCCCAAGGAGCUGGCUGGGGAGUCGCCCCCCGGCCUCAACCUCGACCUGGAGGGCCUUGCCAGCGAACCUCCAGCCCCGGCCUUGGCUCUCGCUGCCCGCGACACCACCACACUGCAGACAGUUCGGCAAAGUAACUUUGCUGGCAAACUGGCGCUGGCGCUCCCACCAACCCCUCUGCACCUGCUAGCAUGCAGGAAGCAGCGAUGGGUCACCAGGAUCCUCGCAGGUCCUGCGGCCUGA